AUGCAAAAAAAGGAUCAGGAAUAUUCUUCAAACCUCAAUCGAAGCAACUACAAAUUCUUAUCCUCCACGAAUCUUCUCUAUCGAGAAAACUUACCUCCAGAAUACCGUUUACCCACACUAGUUAGCGGAUAUCUGCCAGAUCUUCGAGGUAUCAACACCAUUGACAACGAAGAACAAAUUCCAGAAGUUGAUUUCAAAAAUGCCGUGGCUAAGUUUGAAAUACAAACAAGUGAUUGCAAUCAGAAAGGCACCGAUAUUGAGUCAACAAGAGAUUGCAUUCGAAAAACUUAUUCGGAGAAUGAAUUAUCUAAUUAUGAUGGUGAGUAUGGACGUAGAAAGUCUUUGAGUGAAAGUAAGAAAUUAAUGUUGGACUGGAAACCCUUAUCAAAUCAAGAGCUUUCUCCUAGAGAAUCUUUGAAAAAGAGUUGUAUGCGAGAGGGCAUUGUUGACGAAUACAUACCCAAUUUUGCCACUUUCAAUUUAGCAAAAUUCGGUAUCAAUGAAAACGUGAUCGAAGACUCCGACGAUGAGCUAGAUGUAUACGAUCGAAAGCCAUUGGAUGUAGAGACAAAUGAAAUUUUAUUGAGUACAGAAAGUAAAGCAAAGCCGAUUGAAAUCGAGACAAAGAACAAUUUCAAGAGAGGAAGUGAUAGUUUCAUGGUUUCUGAUGAAUCUUUUAAAAUUGCAGCAUCUCCAGAACGGGAAGGAGAUCGUCUAGUUUUGUCGAGCAUACCAAGAAAUUUCUCCUCAUUAUCUUUUAGCUAUAGAAGGAAGAUGUUGGUAGAAUUGUUACCGGAUAGCUUGAAAAAUAACUCUGAAUAUAAAAGUCACAUUACAAAGAUCAUAAGGAAAAAUUCCACUUCGGCCUCAUCAUUCGGUUCUGCUUCCUCGAAUAUCCUUGCACCAAGACGCAAGGCAAAACGAGUAGAACCCGAUACAAACGAGAUAGGUUCUAUCUUACUUCAAAGUUGGAGGUUAGGUAGGGUGUUUGACAGUGGGAGUUUUGGUAUUAUCAGAGAAUGCAUCAAUAUAAAUGAUAUGGACGAUGUAAAGGCGUUAAAGAUUGUUCCUCUCAAACAUUCUUUGAAGUGCCUUCAAACGUUCAGGUCGGAGAUCAUAAUGUGGUCGAAGAUUCACCACAACUGUUUCGUUCCUUUACUAGAUGUUAAGGUUACUGCUGAUUAUAUCUUUGCUUUAAUGCCGCUUUAUGAUGAAGGCUCUUUAUUUGACAAAGUCAAGUUUUGGGAAACAAAUAGAGUCCAGUUGGCUGACCGUUUUGAGGAUAUAAUUUCUUACCUCAAAGACAUUACCGACGCUCUUAAAUUUUUACAUGAAAAUGGUAUACACCAUGGUGAUAUCAAGCUAGAAAACUUCUUACUGGAAAAAAAUAGAGCAAGGCUUUGUGAUUUUGGAAUGACCAACUAUGAUGAGGCGGCCUCUAGAAGAUUGCUAGAAAAUGUUGAUCCGAAAGUUGAAAAAGAGCUUCAAGAGUCUUAUUUGUUUCUCUCUAAUAAUAAUUCUUCAAGUGAUAUAGCCUCAGGAGUACAGUCAUUCGAUAUGAUGGGGUCAAUGAGUGGAGUUAACGACUCUACUGAGUUUAGUUCGUCGACCACUAUUUUGAAUCCUACGGAUUCUGAUCACAAGGAACACCACUUUAAUAUUGGUUCGUUGCCUUAUGCUUCCCCUGAGCUUCUUCAGCCGUGUCCUUUUCCAGUGGACUGUAAGGCUGAUAUAUGGGCUUUUGGAAUUCUUGUUUAUGCCUUGCUGAUGUUGAAGUUACCUUUCUGGCAUAUAUAUGAGCCGAGGUUGAAACUUUCUAUCAUUGAAGGUAACUGGCAAACAACGGAGUGGAAGUCCCAACUGAAUGAAAAUCCACAGAUUCAAAUUGCAAACACUCUGGUGACAGGGUGCCUAAGGGAAAGAAAUUCUAGAUAUUCAGUAGCUGAAAUCUCUAGACUUCUUAGUGGGAAUUCAUGA